GGGCAAUCUUCUCGUCGCGCACGCCUGCGGCCUGCAGCCGGUGGUGGUCUCUGCUGUUCUCGUGCAUGGCCGACGCCUUGCCGGCGGAGCCGCGCUUCUUGGCGAUUUGCUUUUGUACUUUUGAGAGCGAUUUGGGCAUGGUUGCGGUGUUGGUUGGGUGGAGCGGAUUGAGGUGUGCGAGGGACGACAGGGCGGGAAUAUUUUCUGGACCUGAAUGCGGGGGAGCGGGCGGUGAGAGCGAGCGGCGACCGGCUGUGGCUGAGGCUGUGGCGCGACUUUGCGGAACGCGUCCUGUGCGCCGUUGACGCCGCGCGCGUUUGAGCAAACGACAUUGCGGUCUCUGCUCUGGACUGGACUUCGGCCACAGUGCUCUGCGAUUGGAAGCGUCCUCGACCUGAUCCUUCUCCUGCACCCGGUCCUGAGCGUCAUGUCUUGAUCGCGAUUCAUCCUUCUAUCUGGUAUUCAAACGCUUGCUUCAGCGUGGCGUCAACAUGGGCAUUUCCGGGCUUCUUCCUCUGCUAAAGUCGAUCCAGAAGCCAUGUAACCUCCGGUCCUUCGCCGGCCAGGCCAUUGGCGUCGAUGCCUACGGUUGGCUGCACCGGGGUACUGUUUCUUGCGCCAUUGACCUGGCGUUGGGCAACCCGACGACCAAGCACAUUGACUUCUGCAUGCACCGUGUGCGAAUGCUUCUCCAUUUCGGUAUCAAGCCCUAUCUGGUCUUCGAUGGUGACCAUCUUCCGGGCAAAGAGGGGACGAACCAAGAAAGAGCCGCGAGACGUAAAGAGAACAUGAAGGAGGGUAAGGAGCUGAUGAAGCUGGGUAAGACGUCACAAGCCUAUACGUGUUUGAAAAAAGCAGUAGACGUUACGCCAGAAAUGGCACGGUCGCUCAUCGAGGAGCUCAAGCAACUCAAGGUGGAUUAUGUCGUCGCACCCUACGAGGCAGAUUCGCAGAUGGUCUACCUGGAACGUAAAGGCAUCAUUCAGGGAAUUGUCUCAGAGGACUCGGAUUUGUUGGUGUUUGGAGCCAAAUGCCUGAUCACGAAGCUGGACCAGUACGGAGAGUGCAUAGUCAUCAAUCGCGAUGACUUUACUAAGUGCCGAGAAAUUAGCCUCACCGGUUGGUCCGAUGCGCAGUUCAGGCAAAUGGCCAUCCUCAGCGGCUGCGACUAUCUAGCCAACAUCAGCAAGAUGGGACUCAAGACCGCGUAUCUCCUUUUAAGGAAGCACAAAACUUUCGACAGAGUUCUUCGCGCGAUUCAAUUUGACGGGCAGUACUCGGUCCCACCAGGCUAUGCGGAUUCCUUUUAUCAAGCUGAGAUGACAUUUCUGUACCAAUGGGUUUAUUGUCCCUUGACAGAGCGGUUGGUACACUUUACGGAACCCGAGCCAGACCUCGACAUCUCGACGCUGCUUUACAUUGGCCACCACUUCGAACCUAAGAUAGCUGCGGGCGUUGCGAGGGGAGACUUGCAUCCUAAUACAAAGUUGCCAAUUGAAUUUCAGCAACAGCAGCAGCAGCCCCUAGUGCCCCCUCGUAAGUCUAUUGGGUUGUCCCGGAAAUCUGUCAUCGAAACGCCCGACUUGAAGAAGAGCAAAACUAUUGAGUCUUUCUUCAAAUCGAGGCGGCAACCGUUGGCGGAACUGGACCCGAACCUCUUCACUCCUUCGCCAAGCCAACGGCAGGCGCUCCAACAGAACCGCGGCAGCUGGAGCGCCUCGCCUGCUCCGGCGCGGCCAGCGCUCCCCAGAUCCUCUACCCUUUCCGCCUCCAUCACUCCGCACAGAACCGUUUCCGAACCUCAUGAUAGACGGCAGUCGGCGCCUCAUCCUUCAAAACGCCAACGGUUGUGUUCGGAUAGCUUGGCUCUUGCGGAUGCUAGUGGUUCAGCCCGGGUCGAGUCGGGGACUAGUCGUUUCUUCGCCUCUAGUACGAUGACAGAGCCAAGCCCGUCGACCCGGAGCAAGAAGGCUUCGAAGACGGAUUUUGACCUCUGGUCUGAUGACUCUCUGGAGGAAGCGAUGGCCGAGAUGCCGGACCCUAGUGUCACGGAAGACGUCACCAAGAAGUCGAAGAAUUCUAUAUUCGGGGAAACGGAGUCUUGCGCAGACUCGCAGUCGACCGAUGGUUCGCAGUCGAUCUUCUCGCAGAGAAGCGGAAAGGUCACACCUGCUACGUCUUGCAGUCAGGCGUCUUCUUUCGGGGACCCGCUGCCGGAUGAAAUCAAAGAGCUGCGCGCGAAAUUCAUGUACCAACCCACUUCGUUGGAGCCGUCGCGACCAGCGCUCAAGCGUACCGGUAGCGGUAAGGCAAAGUCGUCUCUUUCCAGAACCGUCUCCGCGCCGCUGCUCGCCGCCGCAAAGCCUGGUUACUUCUCCUUGGGCAGAUAUGCAGCCGAGCGUAGCAUCAACUCCUCGACUCAUCCAACGCAGACCACAUCGCGGAAGACGGCGGGUUUACCUCCGUCCUUUGGACGAAAGAACGAGGAGUUGCACUCGAGUUCGGCAUCCAGUUCAUUCACAUCGCAGACGCCGCCUCCGCCCAGCGCCACGGAAAGCGUUACUGAAGUUGCGAACUCGCAGUCAGACAUUAAGGACUCUGCGUGGGAGGCUAUGGAAGCAGAGGUUGUAGUCGCGGCAAUAGCGGAGUCACCGGUUAAGCAGGCGGGGGUUACGGGGGCAGGCAAGGGCAGCGAGGACUUGCUGCUUGUGCCGGACAGCGCGAGCGAGGGCGAGGAGGAGAAUGACGAUGGCUUGGAUGCGGUGAGAAGGAAGCUGGACUUGGGGAGGUUUAGGCUGGGGGCCGUGUGAGAGAGUGGUGAUGGUGCGGUGAUGGUGGAUGUUUUGGCGCGACGUUUGGAUUGGGGCAUGAGCAUUGCGGCAUGGUACGGGACAGUUGGCGUUUGUGGUUGUGGACGGGGACACGAGUAUGUUCGGACGUAGCGUAUAAACUCGUAUAGGUAGUGGCUAGGCAUGUGGCGUGAAGCGGAACCGGGGGAGCUGCGCAUACGAUUCGUUGUCCGUAUUUGUCGGAAGUAGCACCACUAGGGGC